AAGAUCUUAACAAUUUUUGUAAUAAAUUCAUCAUACAUAAACUUGUUGAUUUAAAAAUGGUGGUAUUAGUCAACAUGGCAUAGCCAAAUGGAACAACCAAUUUUGUCACGUAAAUUAAUUUAGUUAGAGAAAUAGAAACUUAGACAAUGACAAAUAAUUUAUAUAUUCAUAAACCAUAGUUUAUAAAAUUAAAACGAAUCUAAGUAUAAAUUAGAGAGAAUCUCGAUGAUCACUAAACACUUCCAAGAAGAAAAAAGAAGAUUCAAAACCAAUGGAAGAAAUCAAGAAUUUAGCAACGCCCAAAAUUCCGAGAAUGAAUCAUGGAAUCGGUGAUCAAAGCUACGCCAAGAACUCUAUCUCACAGAGCAAAUACCAAUCCGGGUCCCGCCCUAUACUCCGCCGCGCCGUCGCCGCCUUAUGUGCCGGAGAUUUGCCAACCUCAAUCGCCGUUGCUGAUCUCGGCUGUUCUUCAGGACCGAACGCGCUGUUCGCGAUCUCGGAAAUCGUGAACGUGAUUCACCGGCGGUGGCGGGGAGAUACGCCGGAGUUGAUGGUGUUUUUGAACGAUUUGGCGGAGAAUGAUUUCAACUCUGUUUUUAGAGGAUUGUCGAAAUUUUGUGAAAAUUUGAGAGAGAAGAAAGGCGGAAUGUUGGGAUUAGGUGAGUGUUUUAUUGCUGGAGUCCCCGGAUCUUUCUACGGAAGAUUGUUUCCUUGUAAGAGUCUUCAUUUUGUGCAUUCUUCUUCAAGUCUUCAUUGGCUUUCUCAGGUACCACCAGAGCUAAAGAGUGAGAAAGGAAAUGGAAGAAUAAGGAACAAAGGGAAGAUAUUCAUAUCAAAAACAAGUCCAAGUGAAGUGAUAGAAGCUUAUUAUGGUCAAUUCAAGAAGGAUUUCAAUUGUUUCUUGAAGUCAAGAUCAAAAGAAGUUGUGAAUGGAGGGAGAAUGGUUUUAACUUUUAGAGGAAGAAGACAACCAGAUCCUUGCCCCGAUGAAUCUUGCCUUCUUUGGGAUUAUUUGGGUCUUGCUUUUCAACAUCUACUCCAUCAGGGACUAAUUGAGGAGGAAGAGUUAGACAACUACAACACUCCAUACUAUGAACCAUAUGUGGAGGAUGUGAGAAGAGAGAUAGAGAAGGAAGGUUCAUUCAAAAUAGAGAAUUUGGAGAUAAUUGCUUUGGCAUGGGAUGGUGUGAAUAAAGAAGGUGAAAGUUAUGAAAGAUCAAAAACAACUCAACAAAUGGCAAAGGCCAUUCAAGCUGUCAAUGAAUCUAUGAUUAGAGCCCACUUUGGAGAUCAUAUUAUUGACCCAUUGUUUAAGAGAUUUACACAAAUCAUGGAAGCUGAUACUAAAGAAGUGGAGCAUGUUAGUUUGGUUGUUUCUUUGCUUAGAAAUUAAUUAUGUUCAUCACACACAAAAUAUAUGUGUGUAUAAUUAUUCAUCAAUGUCACCACAUUGUAUUGACAUUGUAAUGUGUUUUCGGUUAUGAUAUGAGCUAUGAGUAUUAUAGUUUGAUUAGUAUAAAAGAUGUACUAUCAACCUCAGUAUCACGUUUAUUAUUCAUUGAGAUUGGAAUAGUGCGGCUCAUAUCUUGACCUCUGUAUAUCUUAUGGGUCUACACAGUUUCUUGGUUUUUUUUCAAUUCUCCCAAUCAGUUAAUUUCUUGUUAUUUGUCUGAUAUCAGAAAUCUUAUCCUUUGGUCAGAGGAUGUCAAGUUGUGAUUGUUUGUUUUCUUGCAUCUAAAACAUCUCUCAAUUCAAUUCUCCGACCCUACUUAUGGUUAGAAAGGAAAAAAAAAGUAAGUUAUUGAAUGCAAGAUAGUGUAUUUGAUUUUUUGUAUUCGUUUUAAAUUAAAUAAAAAAAGUGUAUACUUGUCGGUCUUAUUGCCAA